AGAGACACAGUGACGACAAUGGCGGAAACUAUCAACAGUGUAUCUCCAUCAUCAGACCCCAAUUCACCGUAUUAUCUCCCUCCAGAUAUUCAUCAUCCCGCCGAUUUCUCUAUCGAAAAACUCAGCGAAGCCGAAGACAACUACGUCAUCUGGAAAUUUCGAUUUCGCACUUUCCUCGAACUCACGAACAAAAUCGGGUUCAUCGACGGAACUCUACCGCAGCCAGAACCUUCCUCGCCGCUCUAUCAUCCAUGGAAACGAUGCGACGCAUUGGUUAAGUAUUGGCUGACGAAUUUGAUGUGCGAAAAGCUUGUAAAGUCUGUGUUGUACGCGAAGACUGCGCAUCAAGCGUGGGAAAAUCUCAGACUUAGAUUCGUUCCAUGCGUCGAUUCAAAGAUCUACGAGCUUCGUCGGAGACUCGUGACGCUGAGGCAAGGUGGUGACUCUGUGGCGGAGUAUUUUGGGAAACUGAGUAAAGUUUGGAUGGAGUUGUCUGAGUAUGAUCCUGUACCGGAGUGUAAGUGCGGUGGUUGCAAUUGCGAGAGUACGAAACGAGCUCAAGAGGCGAGAGAGAAGGAGCAGCGUUACGAGUUUUUGAUGGGUUUGAACCAAGGCUUUGAGGUUGUGACGACAAGGAUCAUGUUCCAGAAACCUCCUCCGUCACUUUACGAAGCUUACAAUAUGGUUCAAGGAGCAGAAUUGACGAUGAAGAGGUACAGAAGAUGAAGAAUUUUAGGAACCAGGUCAAUGAUCAUAACUUUCUCUAUGUUAUGCAUUUUUUUUUUUAUAAAGAUUGUAGUGUUUC